AUGGCUUCGAAAACAGUUCCAAUUACCUCCUCAUCUCAUCUCAAAUCAAGUGGGUCGAUCGUCUUUGGAUCCUCAUCGGCCGCCGCUGACAAUCCCCUCCAUCUAGUCCUCGCCUCCUCUUCGUAUGUAGUCGUGGACUUCUACGCCGACUGGUGCGGGCCGUGCAAGCAGAUCAGCCCCAUCUUCGAGCAGCUCGCCACUGCCGAAUCCAAGCCAGGUCGGCUCACCUUCUGCAAAGUCGACGUGGAUAGCCAGAGAGAGGUGGCCAGCUUCUACGGCAUCUCCGCUAUGCCUACCUUCCUCAUCCUCAAAGGCAACACCGUCGUCGAGACCAUUCGUGGCGCCAAUCCCACCGCCCUCCGCACAGCCAUCCUCUCCGCCGCAGCCAAUGCCGCCAAAAGCCCGGCCAAGGCAUCGCCUUCCUUCUCCGGCGCAGGAAAGACUCUGGGAUCGGGCGAGGGAGGUGCGAAUGCAAGCAAGAGGACAAACGCUCCCGGCAUAGAUUUUGGUGCUCUGCUGUCUUCCCCGGCGGCUUUCUCACAGUACGCGGCAGUGAGAUUUAUUGGCCUAUACCUGACGACUCUAUUCUCCUUGGAUCCCAUGAGCGCAGCGGAGCAGAGCCCAUUUGCCGUCAAGAGUCGAGGAGGUCAGAAAGUUCGAUGAACGACUUGACUGCCGGAACGCUUCACGGACUCACUGCUUUGGCAUCGCAGUGGCGCAAUACACAAGCCAUGCC